UUCGUGAAAAUCUCCAUCUCCGUGAUAAGAAAAAUGAAUCGUGCACUCUCAAUCUCUUCCCUAAUCCUGAUCCUUUUCCUUAUGAUCUUCCAUUGUGUCCAAUCCGCCAAUGAUAUUGUUCAGGACACUUGCAAGAAGAUGGCAACCGAUGUCCCAGACUUGAACUUUGACUUCUGCGUGAAGUCUCUUGGGUCAGAGUCGGAGAGCCAUGAGGCGGAUCUCGAGGGACUAGGGCUGAUUGGGCUCAAGCUGUUAAAAGCCAACUUGACAGGCACGAUUGAGUAUAUUAAGCAACUAAUGAAGCAAAAACCGGAACCUCACCUGCUCGAAGGUCUCUCGCUUUGCUUGGAUGUUUACGACUCCCUUGAACUCAAAGACCUAAUACCAUAUUACAAGGCAAAGCGUUACGACGAUGUUAGAAGUUGGGUGUCUUCAAUGAUGACUAGUGAAGAUACGUGCGACACUCAAGAAUCGAGUAAGAGAGGCAUGGUUCCACCUUUGACAAAGCGUAAUGUUGACAUUUUUCAAUUGACCGCCAUAGGACUUGGUAUUUUGGCUAUUUUGUUAGGGAGAGUAUGAGGGAUGUAAUGAAGUGUGUGUUAGCCAAUAAAUUAAUGCAUGGUCUAUGAA